AUGGGAUCGAGGGCUUGUCUCCAUACCGAUCACAUCACUAACAAUUCGUCGUUCCUCGGUCUGGGAAAGGCUGUUGGUCGCAACGAUGCGAGUAUGGAGCAAUAUCCCGAACAUGCAAUCCCAGCCGUCGCUACUCCGGAGCGAUUAUUGAUUCAGAACAAUCUCACCAAACAGGAAUCCACCAAGGGUCCACUGGAACAGUGGAACUUAUAG